CAUGGUCAGCCAGUUGCUGUGAGAGGACUGGAUGUGUGGAUGUGAUCAGUGAGACCCGACAUUUCCUUGCCAGCCAUGGGGAAAGGAGCCCAAGAAAAAAAUCACCCCGACCAAGAAGAAGUACUGAACCCUCCAAGAGAUGAGGAAAAACAAUGCAAAUGGGACUCCAGCCCCCAUGGGAAUGGAAAAGAAAUGUCGUCGUGUACAACAGCUCCUGGCUCCGCUGUGUGUGGUGCUGAGUGUCCUUGUCCUCGCUCUGCUGGUGGCCUUGGUUGUUGUGCAGCUGCAGUCUCGCUCAUCACAUCCCAAAUUCUCCCACGUGUGUCCAGCCAUGUGGAUCGGCUUCCAAAGCAAGUGCUACUAUUUCUCAGAGGAUGAAAGCAACUGGAAAACCAGCUUGGAGUGCAAGGCCAUGGAAGCCUCCCUGACCUCCAUAGACAGCCAGGAGGAACUGGCUUUCAUCAAGCGCUUCAAGGGCCAAGCAAACCACUGGUUCGGGCUGCACGAUGAAGGCAACAGCCAGUGGAGGUGGACCAACGGCGCAGCCUUCAACAACUGGUUUGUGGUGCGGGGAGGUGGCCCUUGUGCGUACAUAAACCAGGAGAGGAUCAGCUCAGCCCUCUGCAACACGGAGAAAUACUGGAUCUGCAGCAGGCCCAACUACUACGUCGAGUGGAGGCAAAAGAUUUACCCCAAAUAAAGAUCUUAUAAACAUAAUGCUUGUGCCAAGACUACCACAAAAGCUGGUAAAAACUUACUUAAAUCUGCUUUUUUGCAGCAACAUUAUUAGAAUUUCCUUUCUGCUCAGAUUCUUGGAGGCUCAGUCAAUCUUCUGUACUGUCCAGCCACAAGAGGGAUCUGGGAGUUUUAGCUGAUAUCAAGGUGAAUGAAUAUGAGCCAGCAGUCUGCCCUGGCAGCCAGGAGGGACAACCAUACCCUGGGGUGCAUCAAGCAUUAUAUCACUAAUUAGUCAAGGGAGUUGAUUGGAUAGGACCCGCAGAAUGGUGUCAAGCUGGGGCAGGGGAAGUUCAGGCUGGCCAUCAGGAAGAGGUUCUUCACCAAGAGGGUGGUUGCACACUGGAACAGGCUCCCCGGGGAAGCAGUCACUGCAGCAAGCCUGUUUGAGUUUAAGAAGUAUUUUAUCUGUGCUCUUAGUCAUAGGGCAUGAACUUUCAUAAACCUGUAUGUUUGUAAUAAUAGAUCUGUAACCUACAAAUCUGAUGUUCUAUGGAAUUAUGCUAUUUUUUUUACUACACAUUUUCUGUUGGAAGGAGGGCAUGGUAUGAUUGGAACAAAUACAGUCUGUCUGUACAUA